CAAUGAAUCAGUUAAUGUGGGCUAACAGCGGCAGUGCCAAUAAACAGUUGUUAUUGGGCCUAAAUAAAAUCCAAAUUCGCAGGUUUCGGAGGGUUUCUAGAGAUUCUUAUAAAAUCCCUAAAAACCCAAUUCUCUGAAAGUAGGGUUACGCCGCACCGCACCGCAGUGUUGCUGUUGUUUCGUGUGUUAGCUGCAGCUGCGAAGAUGGUGAAGGGACGUCAAGGAGAGCGCGUCAGGCUCUAUGUGAGAGGUACAGUCCUUGGAUACAAAAGGUCCAAGUCAAACCAGUAUCCCAACACAUCCCUGAUCCAAAUUGAGGGAGUGAACACCAAAGAAGAAGUAGGAUGGUAUGCUGGCAAGAGAAUGGCCUAUAUUUAUAAGGCUAAGGUGAAGAAGAAUGGAAGCCACUACCGUUGCAUUUGGGGUAAGGUUACAAGGCCUCACGGUAACAGUGGUGUUGUUCGUGCUAAAUUCAAGUCAAACCUUCCUCCCAGAUCAAUGGGAGCACGGGUUAGAGUGUUCAUGUAUCCAAGUAACAUCUGAGGUAAUUAGGUUGUCAUUUUUGUCUUUUUGCUUGAUAUUUCGAAACAUUUCUUUUUAUAUUUUCAUGGUUUUGUAAUUGAUGGUUAUGUAAUUGGGUGGACUUCACCUUUAAAUCUCAGAUGUGGUUCUUUACUGAGUAUUAGAUUUAUCAGAUUUUAAGUGUUUGUUAAGUGAAUUUAAUUUUGACUGAGCUGCAUAGCUUAAUUUCGUUGCAGUGUAGUUUAAUUUUUAUUGGUGCAAGGGAGAGAAGUAUGAUUGAUUGAUGAAAA